UGCUGCCGGUGGAAAAUGGCUGCUGCAUCCUCGAGCCCAUCCAAAACCAUAUGAAGGUGGACAGAGAAAGACGAGAAUAUGAGAGCAGCGAACACAAGGACUGAGUGAAAGAGAGACCGUGGUCGUGCGUAUGUGAGCGAGAGUGUGAGAACGCGCGCGCGUUUGUGCGUGCGUGUGUGUGUGUGUAUGAUUGUGAGAACGCGCCCGCGCGCGCGAGUGUGUGUGUGUGUUCGGUAAGAAGGGGAAUAAAAAAGACGAGAGACCGGGGGGCAGCCAGCUCGAAGCGGCGGGCAACACCAAGCCAUGGAGGGCGAUGUGCGUGUCCGAGCCGUGGUGAUGACACGUGAUGAUUCUAGCGGUGGCUGGGUGCCCCUUGGAGGCGGCGGCCUCAGUCACGUGGUCAUAUGUAAGGGGCGGAGCUCUGAAGGUUGUGGACGGAGACAGUACGUCAUACGUGGAGAACGGCUACGCGAUCGAGCACCUGUGCUGGAAUGCGCCAUUCAAAAGGGUCUGGUCUACAACAAGGUGAACCCCAUCUUCCAUCACUGGCGUGUGGAGGAGAGGAAGUUUGGUCUGACCUUCCAGAGCCCAGCUGACGCCAUCUCCUUCGAGAGGGGGCUUCAAAGUGUCCUUGAGAAGCUGGACAGAGGAUCUGACUCGCCAUCCUCCUCGACACCUGAAGAGGGCGACACUGAGGAUGACGGUCAAGCAUCUCAUACAGGGAGUGAGUCGUCAUCCAACAGCAGAAAAGAGAUGCUGCCCAAACCCAUUACCAUUGUGACCAGUGAGUCCUCCUCCACCUGUUAUGUGCACUCCACAGAGGAGUUUGCGUAUGGGGCAGGGCACGCUGUCACGACGCAGACCCCGGCCCAGAUCCACACCCGACCUGCCCAGCACCAGCUCACCCAAGUCUCCGCUGUUUUGAAUCCUCCGGCACCCCCUCCUCCUCCUCCGGCUCCCCCGACCCCCCCCAUAGUGCCCCCCGCCUCCCCCCUCUCUCCGCUCUCGCCCACCAUCUCCCUGCUGGAGGAAGGGGACCUCCACAGCCUCGACCCCUGCAAGGACCUGUGGGGUACACGCGGCUACGAGGACUACCGCCGCGCCGGUGCUACACGGACCAAGGUGGGCGGGCUGACGGGGGGCGUGGUGGUGAGCAGCAGUCAGGACAAAUCAGAGCUCUGCGUGGUGCGCUUUGAGAAGGAACUGGCCGGUGUGGGCACCACAGGCUGCGAGGUCACCGUCAUGCUGGACACCAAAGGCUCUCAGCUCAACUCUUCGCCCACCUGCAUACCCAACGCCGUGCCGGGAGUACCGUCGGCCAGUGGCUCCCCGGAGGAGACGGGUAAAGGCUCGCCCUCACCCUGCUGCAUCCACACCUCGCUCGCCACGCCCCGCUCUCGGACUCGCAAGCGAGGGGGCAGUGGAGGGGAAGCCAUCUCGCCCGACGACGACAGCUCUUGCCCGCAGGGCUCCUCCUCCUGCUCGUCACGCUGUGUGUACUGCCGCUCCGUCUUCAGCGCCUCCGACAACGGACGAGGCCGCUGCCGGGAUGCUCCCGAUCCGGCGCUACACUGCCUGCGCCAGUGGACGUGUGUGUGGUGCGCAGAGAGCCUGCUCUACCACUGCAUGUCGGACUCCGAGGGCGAGUUCUGGGAGCCGUGCUCGUGCGAGGACUCGAUGGGCAGGCGGCCGCACCCGUUGUGCUGCGCCCGCUGGAUGGCACUGUUGACGCUGUCUCUUUUCGUGCCCUGCAUGUGCUGCUACCUGCCCCUGCGCGCAUGCCUGCGCUGUGGGGAGAGAUGUGGCUGCUGCGGAGGAAAGCACAAGGCCGUGCGAUGAGGCCUGACCGGGGGGAGGGCGUGUGGGUGGGGCUCAUCGUGACGGGACAGGAGCACAAAAACGUUGUCGUCAUUCGAGGAUCAUUCGAAGAUCUCCUACAUAAACCUUGACGAUAACAUCCCCUCGCCCUCCUCGAGGCCGUCUGCUGCAUUCCGCUCUUCUCUGCUCGGACCCUUCACACCGGUGGAGGGCGCAUGGGUUCGGGAAGAUCGCUUUCUGAUUUGCUGGUCGUUGGGGUCAGGGGUCGUCUCCGGGAAGUGGGGAGUGAAUGGGGAUCAGUGACGUGUAAACAAUUGUUCGUUUUUUUUUCUCUUUGGUUUUAUUUAUUACAUUUAAUUUAGGGAGAAAAAUUAUAUGACAAAUGUUUAUAGCUAUGGUUAUUGAGUAUAUUAUUUUACUUGAACUAUUGAAAGAUUUUAUUUUUAGUUUUUGCAAUUGAUUUAAUGAAUACACUCCCCUUGUACCUCUAAGUUACUAAGUUUUACCUCAAUGUCCAGAGGAGAGGAAGGCAGAUAUUUCGGGGACGGAGUGCUGUGGUGAGGUUUUGUAUGUGGUCUUUACAGUAGAUUUUUCACACGCGUUCGGCCAGAACAUAUUUGUGAAGGAGAACAUUUUGAUGUCGUAUCACUUUUUAGUUGUUUGAGAACAGGGAACGUGAACGUCUGAUCGAGGGCAGUUUCACCAAAAUCACCACUUUCACCACAUGCAUGUCAUUUUUCUGUCAAGAUUAUAGUUGUAUUAGAUUUGCCAGCAACCAAGAAUGUUAUCUAUAUUUGAAGUAUAGACCAAAAAAGUGGAGGGAUAAUCUAGACAUGAAUCUGCCGAACAUUUGCAAAGCAAAUGGGAACCUAGGCCUUGAAAAGUAGUCGAACACACCACCAAAAAUACAGUGCAAUUGAAGUUAAGGGUAAAAAGCAUAGGCUUGUUGUGUGUGACACAACAUUUGAACUUUAUCUGUCAGUAUAGCAACAAGAGAAGUACUGAGUCUUUAACUAUAAUGAGUAACAAUGAUCCUCAGGUGUGCUUUUGGGCCGUCGCACCAUGUCCUAAACAGAGAAACGCAGUGACAGGAUGUUUUGUCUGUUGUUAGCCCCGCCCACAGUGAAAUCCCAUUGGUCCAUCAUCUAUGACUGUAUUAGAGUAUAUUUUGUUUUCACUGUGGACAGACAAAUGACUUGACGCUGAAAACGUUAUCGUCUGGCUAACGGACGCAAGAAUUUAGACCUGGCAUAACGGUUUGGACUUAAAAGUGUUAAAAAUAUUGCUUUAAAUAUCUCAAAGCUGCUAUUUCAACUCCCUUAAACUUGUCAUACCUCGCUGCUAGUAAUGAGGAGUUCAGGAAUCAGACACAGCCCUGUAGUCAAUGUUUGAGUUAGGAAGACGACGCCUCUAAAUUAUGAUAUCUAUGAUGGGGAAGAUCUAAUGUCCAAACUCUGUAUUAACUGCUCAUUAGAGUCACUUUAAAAGAAAAGGGUUUUUACUGCUAGAUGAACCACUAGACCAUUCGAUCUACACACAUGCAUUGUAUUUCAUUAUGCAUCUGGACUCCAUUUCUGAAGACGUGAAACAUCCUCUCUCACUCAGAAUAUUAGACGUGAAUAGAGAAACACAACAAGACCCACAAAUAGCACUGGAAAAGAAAACUUUUGUGAGAUGAGACCACCCUUGAGGGCCCUAGUCAUGCAUCCUAUUAAUAAAUGUGCCUUUUGAUUUAUUUAACCAAUAACCUAUAAUUUCUAAGUAACAACAUACCUAAAUACUCGUUUUCUUUUUCGGGUUGUUUAUUUCUGCCAGUGUGCAUAUUUUAAUAUGUAUGUGUCUAUUAGUUUGAAAAGUAAUCAAUGGAGAAUAUUACCUGUUUAUAUAUUUAUUGAGAUAUUUAUUCUAAUUCUUUAUUUAUUUAUUUUUGGAGACGGGUUUUUAUUUUCUGUGCUGUCUUCUCUGACUUUGUGCCAAUUUGCUGCUUUGAGGUGUUACAUAUCGUGGGUUUGUAUCAUUAAUUAAACCCUAACUCUAUAUUUUAAUGAAA